UCCUGGGGGCUCCGGGGGGUCUGGGCUCGUGCUCGGGAAGUGGUGGAACGCGCCCGGCCCCCGCAUAUUCCCGCCUUCAAUCCGAUCGCUCUCAGAGGUGGUCUGCGUUGCGGCCCCCACCCCCGGCUUUGGUGUAGCUAAUAAACGUGUACGCGCGGCUUUCCGCGUCUCCUGUUCUUCUAACGUCUUGCGUAGGGCCUCUUCUACUUUCCCCCAUGCUUUGAGGUUUUUACCACUGCCUGCGGACUUAGAGUCCUCUGCUGAGGCGGCAGUGCACUUCUCCCGCGCUUCCCAAUAUAAUAUAUUUACCAGACGUUCAAUCGUCCCCAGCUCUAGGAGCCUUGCAAUAGCAAGAUUAGAGUUCCUGAGCUCACUUUUAAUUCUCCAUUGCUCAUGAGCCUGACUUACGACCUUCGCUGUGGAUUCCAUGGUCCAAGCUGGUCCGGGGGGCGUCCCCCCCCCGCUGCGAUCAGUCCUGCUGUCGCAGCCACCGUCCUCGUUCCAGGAGUGUCCCCGUUCCCCGGGCGCAAGCCGCUGUCCCGGGUUUCCGGCACCAGAAUGUUGCCUUCUAUGUCAAGGCUGGCGACCUGGUUCUGAGGAUUUCCCUUUGCCAACUUCUUGGAGGCUGCGAGGAAGAUGCCUGGGACACUGAGGAAGAGCAGGAGCUGAGCAUGGAGAGCAGGGAAGAGAAAUGCCCGCGGCAGAACCUGGUGGAAGAGGCCGUUUUGAGCGGCUCCACGGCCCAGGAAGCCAACAGGGAGGAAAAGCCCCGGAGAUGCCGCACGAGGAGGGGCUGCAAACGCAGCUGGCGGGGAUCUGAGAGGGAAAGAGCCAGCCUGGGCCGGGAAGGCGGCCGGAGACAGAGGCAGAGCUCGGAGCUGGUGCUCCAUGAGCAGCUCCAUGAUGGGGAGAAGCCCCACACGUGCGUGGAGUGUGGGAAGAGCUUCAAGUGGAACUCCGACCUGAUCAGGCACCAGAGGAUCCACACUGGGGAGAAGCCCUACGAGUGUGGGGAGUGUGGGAAGAGCUUCAGCCUGAGCUGCAAUCUGAUCAGGCACCAGAGGACCCACACUGGGGAGAGGCCCUACGAGUGUUCCAAGUGUGGGAAGAGGUUUAAGACCAGCUCCCAUCUCCUCCAGCACUAUUGGAUUCACAGAGAGGAGAAGCCCUUCCAAUGCCCCGACUGCGGGAAGGGAUUGAAGCACAACUCCACCCUCAUCACCCACCGGCGCAUCCACACAGGGGAGAGGCCCUACGAGUGUGAUAAAUGCAGGAAGAGGUUUCCGACCAGCUCCCAUCUCCUUGUGCACUAUCGGAUUCACAGAGAGGAGAGGCCCUUCCGCUGCCCCGACUGUGGGAAGGGAUUCAAGUACAACUCCGCCCUUGUCACCCACCGGCGCAUCCACACUGGGGAGAGGCCCUACGAGUGUCCCCAGUGUGGGAAGAGCUUCUCCAGCAGCUCUGGCUUGACCCAACACCAACGGAGGCACCACUAAGGGAAGCCCUGUGAGUGCCCGGAGUGCGGGCAGAGCUUCGUGCGCUGCUCCAGCUCCAUCCCCCACUGGAGGAGGCACUUUGGGCACAGCCCUGGUCACUCACAUUCCGUGUGAUCCAUGUUGAGGACACACCUGGCUGCUUCUCCUUUUGGUUUGGCCUUAAUUUUCCUCUGCUUCACCUUCAUCCUUUAAAAACACCCAAAACUGGGUUAAAUGAAGGAAAUUAAUUGAAUAUAUCUGACGUUGCAUAAUUUCUCAAUUGUUUUAGAGGAAAUUUAGGUUUUGGGGACGCGUUCUGUGUGGAGUGCUGCUGUUGCUAAGAGGCAGGAAUUUGAUCUCCCCCUUCUUGUAUUGCUAAGAACUCCUCCCCUUACCCCAACCCCAACUCCACCCUUGGGAUACCCUGUAAAUAUUCCACGGCUCUGCCUUUGCCCUGUCUUUGGGGCAUAAGAAAUGGAUUCCCAAAGGAUCGGCCCUUUUCCCACUGGAUUCCAAAGGAUCACCCUCAUUCUCCACUGGAGUUCUAGAGGAUCAAGCUUUUCCUGCUGGAUUCCCAAAGGAUCAACCUUUUUUCCACUGGAUUCACAGAUUGUCCACCUUUUCCCACUGGAUUCCCUGGGGAUAAAUAUUUGCCCACUGGAUUCCCAGAGGAUCAACCUUUUCCACUGGAUUCCCAGAAGAUUCUGACUGUGUCACUGAUUUUUUUUGUUUGUACUACUGCAUUUGUAUUUUUAAUUUUUCGUAAUAAAGAACUGUUAUUUCUACUCCCA